AGGAAUUGCUAACUAUACCAUGUUUAUAGCAAUUGUACAGCAUGCAUGUGCACUUCUUACAAUCGUGAAGUGGAAAGCAAUUGAAAGAUUUAUAGACAAUCGACACAAUUUUUAUUAUACGAUUACUAGUCGUGAAUUAAUCGAGGAAAGACAAUGGAUAAUCGAUAUCAUAAAAUUCUAUAAUAAAGCAAUCGAAUUUAUCGAUUUAUUGAAAUUAUUUUACGAGACAAUUCAUCUGCUCCAAGAAUUAUUCGGAUUUAUAUUUUUUUUGAUAGAUUAUUUUUACUUAUUUCAGUUACUUUCUCUAAGUUUUAAUAAAACCGAAGGUUUAACAAAGUUCUUAUAUAUUAUUGGAUCUCUUUUCGUAAUAUAUGUUUACUUUUAUCUCGGACAAAAUGUAAUAAAUCACACCUCCAACGUAUUUACAAUAUUCUGUCAAAUUCCAUUUUAUUCGUUAUCUUUGAAGACGCAAAAUUUGUUACUCUUUUUAAUAAUGAGAAGUAUGAGGCCAUGCAGUUUAUCGGUAAUGGGUGCUAUUGUUGUAUCCCAUGAUCUUUUUGCAACGUUUAUGCGUAAGUCAUUUUCUAUCGCUAUGGUAUUGUAUAGCUUGCAAUGAUUUUGAUAAUGAAAAAUUUAAUAUGAUCGUUUGUGGUUAUGGAUAAUGUCAUUUAAAUGGAUUAUUAUUAAUUGUCUUUCCUUUUAUUCUGCUACCUUUUUUUCUUUUUUUUUCUUUUUAUCAAUUAUUACUUAUACCAAUAAACGCAAUUUUUGAAUGCUUCAUGCA